GAGAAAGAGAGAGAGAGAGGAGGGAGUCGGUGGGUUAAAAUGAAGGGGUGGGGGCACAAGAGGUGAGUAUAAAAAGCUUCGCAUGAAGAAUUAGGAAAUAUUCCUCAAGAGAAGAAAAUACAAUCAGAGAGUUCUGAAACAUCUCACUGCAAAAUUAUCUCUCACGGUAAGCAAAUUAUUUCUUCCAACUAACAGCAGGUGGAAAGAAAAAGAGCUUAAAACUUUUAAAAUGAGCCAAACUGCCUUUUCUAAGUACUAACAAACGCUCUACAUAGAUGCAUUUUUGUGUUUUUGUCAUAAUGACGCUGUAACAGGCAACACUUAAAGCACAGACGGCCUUCAGUGUGAGUUUAAAGAGAGUUUAAUGUGCAGCCUCUGCAGAAAAGCAUCAUACCUGUGGCUUUUGACACCAAGCUGGGAAUAUGAACCCACCAGGACCCCUAUUGAGACUGAGACAGACAUUAAAACUCUGUAGACACUGUUGUCAGCAGCUCACACACUCCUACACACUCACUCACACACUCACUCUCUCACACACACAGUGGUGUAAAUGGUCUUGUCUUUGGAUGCUGCUGUUUGAAAGUUGGGCCUGAGGCUUGCUGUUUCUGUACCCGAUAAAUGUCUCCGUUAUCCCCGAAGCCAAGAUACGCCUGAGGGGCUGAUGUUAGGAUUGAGUGUGUGCAUGUGUCAGAAAGCUGUGUGUGUGUUUAUGAGUCAUGAAAGCUGCCAUUGACGGAGCGAACAGGAGGGCUGCUGAAACAGAAUCUCAUCCAAAUCCCACAAACAGAAGACGGGAUGAAAGUUCUCGGCAGGGCAGGCAUGCAAAUAUGGUGUGUAUAAGUGUGUCAGUGUGCAGACAUCUGGCCUUGCUGUUUUCACAGGUGCCACACACCUUACCGUGGGUCGCUCGUGCAUGGCUACCGAGCUCACAUGUGUCUGUGUUUGCAUACUUUUGCAAUCAGUGUGAGCAUCCAGGGCCACCUAGAAGCAGGUCCUUUUUUUCUUGCUCAUCUCAGACUCUCGGCGGUCAGUUGGACGGCUCCUCCAGCCACAGCUAUUCUCUCUUGGGUUGACGUCUUCACGCUGAGGUUUAGGAUAUUGAGCAGCGGCUGUGGAUUGGCUCAGUCUGGUUCAGUGAAAAGACCUCGGGACAUUUGUUUACCACAGUGAGGAUCUUAAAUCAUAAAUAUUUUUAACUGAUGUCUGCAGGGAGUCUGCAGCUUCUCCUGCACAUGCACGUGUGUUUACAUAUAUGGUAUAGCUUAUGCUUAUAUGGCUGGUUUUGCUGUUGUAUGCACAAAACCACCCAGACAGAUUUAGACACUUACGACCUCUUUAAGCCGUCCAUCCCUGUUUGUGGUUUUUUCCUGUUUACCCACGGGUCCUACAUAUGAUCCACCUCCUUUUGCUCUUUUUUAGCUCCUUUUUUGCAUGUCAAACUCUCACUUUGGUGCUGACACUCUCACUGAAAUACCUCUCUACUCUCUCCCUGCAGACAGGCAGGCAAACAAGCCCCAGGAUGAGGAGCCUUCUUCAGUUUCUGGCACUCUGCGCUGCGGUCUCUCUCUGCCUCUGCUAUGGUACAAAUCCACCCGGACGUCCUCACUUUGUCUAUUCAUAGCUUGUUGCUGAUCUGAUUUAUGCUGGGAUUCAUCGUUUAUAUUUAUCUGACUCCAUGUUUUUCCCGUAGACUCUCAUGAAAGCACAGAAUCCAUUGAAGGUGAUUACAUGUUGUCUCUUGUUUAUGGAAAAACAUGCAUGCACUUCUAACAUCAUGUUGUAAAUCCUCGUUUGGCCCCUUACUAACGCACUCCCCGACCUUUAACCUCCAACUGAUCACUUGCAUGAUUUAAGACUUGGACUUUUGUUCAGUAAAGUUUCUGCUUCCAGAUCUGUUCGUGUCUCCAAACCAAGCCAACACCUUCAUCACGCCGCAGAGAGGCAACGUAUACAACCCCCCCAGAGGGAACAACUUCAACUAUUACAGCCUGAUGAGGUAAAAGAUGAGACCACACGCAUGCAUGCAAAGCACACAACUCUGUCUUUAUCCUGCAAAUAUGUAGAACCACAUGCCCACAGCGGCAAAGGAGAAGAUGCACACAUGCACACACAUUAAGGGUCAUUAGUAAGAUUUAACUACACCAUAAACAUUUGCAUCUGCUGCAAACACACAGAGCCUGAAGCUGAAGACCCGAGCCUGUUUCUGAUUAUAUUGCUCCUCUUUUCUUUCCUCUGCCUGUGUUUCUUUGUCUGUGUUUUUGUCUUAUCUCUACAGGACGAUAAAGUCGCCAGCAGAGAGGCGUGCAGAGACCUGUGAGGACUACUCCCCCUGCCGCUUCUAUGCUUAUCGCCACGGUUUCCAGGCAGCCUACCAGAGAUACUUUGGCACCCGGACUCAGAGACCGGCCAUGACUCGCCGAUACUGAAGCAGCAGCCGUCUGUCAAACGCACAGUCAUCAUUAUCGUCUGGAAAGCAAGAUGGCUUCCUUUUAUCCACAUAUCAAUACUUAAACAUAAUGACUAGCUGUUUUUAUGGCCUCCUCUGGAUGUUAUUGUUCUGUAAACACACAGACAUCCAUUGUGGCUCAGGCGUUACCGCGUUUUCAUUACAAUCGUAAAAAUUCAUGUCAGAUCUGUAUUGUACUCUCAGGAUAAAUGUUAUCCACUAUAUCACCGCUUCACAGCAGUCACAAGCUUUAUUUUAUGUGUUUUUGCUCACUAUCCACUAUCACACAUUAACCACCUAUUUAUCUGAGUGUUUCCUUUGCUUUGAAAUGAAUAAAAAUCCCUUCAUUGGGUUUAAUCUUUA